GUAUUUUACUAAACUUUGAUUUAUUAUUGCAAGUUAGUCAAUUUUUCAUAUGAAAAUUUAAAAAUAAAAUUGAGUAAUCUACAUUUGUAAAUCGUACUGGCGCUUCUGUUCUCCUCACGUCAAUCAAAUCGCCGCCUGAUCUCGGCUGAAGCAUUCUCCACCACGCACCAUCUGACGACGCCGUUUCCGAUCCCAAUGAGCCAUUUCAUCAAUCACUUUUCUGCCAUGGAAGUGACUAUUCCGGGAAGAGGAGGGAAAUCAAUCGAUCUAAUGGCUUGCACCAACUGCUCUUUUGGUUAUAUAAGCAUCAGACAAGCUCUUCGUUUACUACAAGAGCUAGCCAACUUGAUUUACUUUUGCAUCACGAACAAAUAUGGCAGAUCAGUCCAAAGUGACCAUGAAGCUUCUCAUAGACACGAAAAGGAAAAGAGUUAUGUUUGCUGAGGCUGGCAAAGAAUGCAUUGAUUUCCUAUUUCACAUUCUUGCAUUGCCAUUAGGGAGUGUCAUUAGGCUUCUCACUACUAAUUGUUUGGAUGGUGAUUUCCCAUGGUAUGGUAUGAUUAUCAUGGGAAUUAUGUUUGUUAUCAUGGAUUCCUAAAAAGGCGGUAUGGUAUGGUAUUAUUUCAUGAUUUGAUAACCAUGAAAUUCAUCAAUUUUUUGAACGUUUCCUCUUUUUUUUUUCAACUAUGCGUCUGUAUAAUUUUCUGUGAUCCAAUUUUAUCCUUCACUACUUCUUAACCAAAUAGUAGCUAUUUCUAUUUGGAAGCUUGAACUCAGGUGGAUACCUUGAAAAGAACUACGAGCAAUAAUACUAAAUGGUGGAAGAGGAAGAUAUUCUAUUUUGGCCAAGUGAGAUAUUAUGAAAGAGAAACAAUAAUACCAAAUUGGGGGAGAUUACACAUGACCCAAAGACGGAGGUGAUGAAGAGCAAGAUUUCAGUUUAUUGCAUUACUGGAAUUGCUUCAAGGAAGCAGUUUAUUGCUAUGCUUGUUUGUUUUCUAUACACAGGCAAGGCUUUAGAAGAAAUAGCCUACACGGAUUGAAUUUAAAAUUUAUAAUAAUCGAGGGUAUUUUAGUAAAAUUACCCUUUACGAUACAAUACUAUAUCAUUAAACCAAACCAAAAAACUAUUAUUAAAUCACAGUGAACUGUAUAAUCAAUUCAAACAUGAAACUAUACCAUAUCAUAAUGUACCAUACAUUAUGAAAUCAUGACAAACCAUCAUCCAAACAAGCUGUAAAGGGAUGGUUGGUUGCUUGGGAAACUUGCAUGAGAGUCUUGAGAAGCUGGACAAUAUGUACAUUCAACCAAAUAAGGAAAAGGACAUCCUCUUGAAACCAAAGCCAGCAGCCUGUGAUACUUCAGUCCCUUUGUUGUCGAUUACCAACUCACCUUCUGAAAGACAGUUUUAUAAGUGCCCAAACCAUAAUGGUUAUGUUACUGAUUAUCCUCAAACGCGUUGCCCUAAUGCCGAAUAUAAUCGGACAUGUGGAUGUACUGUGAACACAAAUAUGACCUAUGUUGCAUCCCCAGCAAAAAAUGUGGUAGCAUCCGAUGGAGGAUUGGUAAAAGGGGUUGUUACUUACAUGGUGUUGGAUGACUUGGUUGUGAACCCUAUGUCCACUAUUUCCAGCAUCACUCUGCUCAAUGAGUUCUGCGUAAAGGAUGUGGGUGUUCUCAAAGAGAAAGUUGCAACUCUGGGAAUGGAUGAGGCUUUGAAGAUGCUGAAGACUUCUCUGGAGUCCAAGAAUGUAUUGACCAGUGUCUUCAUGGACAACAUAAAUGAAUAAAGGCCUUCGCUAUUCUCCUGUUUGUGAAUCGGAUUUUCCUAGGUUGUUCUGCAUAUUAUCUUUUGCUCUAGCUACUCUAUUAGGUUGUUCUGGAUGAUGUCUUUUGCUUUACUCCUUUUGGCAUUGCAGACUUGUUUUGUUUGUCCACCUAUGACAUGAUAUGGACAUGUGAAUAUAUUAGUUUCAAUCUAGUGUC